CAACAGCAUAGCACUACAACACUCACUGACAAGAUUUCCUCUUCUGCAACAAGAAAGAAACUUGUGCUGUUAUGGCAAAGAAAAAAUUGAGCUUGAUCACCCAAGGUUCAUAUGUGAUUCUGGAUAAUGGUUUGGUAAGGCUCACAAUACUGAAGCCUCAAGGGUAUUUAACAGGAAUUAAGUAUGGAGGAAUGGACAACCUUCUUGAUCUCAAGUCAAAUGAAUCCAGUAGAGGAUAUUGGGAUGUCAACUGGAGUUUGCCAGGCGGUCAGGACCGAUACCAACUAGUAAGCGGGGCUGAAUACAGUGUUAUUCAUAGGAGUAAUGACCAAAUAGAGGUUUCAUUCAAGAAAACAUACAAUCCAUCAACUCCUGGGCAUAAUUUGCCACUCAGCAUUGAUACCAGGUAUGCUUUGAGGAGUGAUGUUACAGGAUUCAACUGCUAUGCUAUAUAUGAGGUUCCUCCCGGAUCUCCUGCUUUUGAUCUUGCUCAGACAAGGAUGGUGUUUAAACUGCGACGAGAAAAGUUCCAUUACAUAACAAUCUCGGAUCAGAAGCAAAGGGUAAUGCCAAUGCCAGAGGAUCUACUUCCAGGUAGAGGCAAGCAGCUAAUCGUACCCGAGUCAGUUCUGUUGGUUAAUCCCAUCAAUCCUGAUCUAAAGGGCGAGGUAGAUGAUAAGUACCAGUACUCAAUGGACAACAAAGAUGGGGGAGUCCACGGAUGGAUAAGUUCAGACCCCAUUAUUGGUUUUUGGGUCAUCUUCCCUAGCAAUGAGUUUCGAAAUGGAGGUCCUACGAAACAAGAACUCACAGUCCACACAGGUCCAAACUGCCUUGCUAUGUUUCAUGGAACUCACUUUAUCGGAGAUGAUAUAUUAGCGCAUUUUCAAGACGGAGAGACAUGGAGGAAAGUGUUUGGUCCCUUCUUUGUAUACCUUAAUUCAACUCCAAAUGUAUCAAAUGCAUAUAACUUAUGGAUAGAUGCAAAGAAGCAGAGGCUGGUUGAAGAGGCAGCAUGGCCAUAUGAUUUUGUCUCAACACCCUACUAUCUCACUGCUAAAGAGCGUGGCUCGGCAACUGGAAGAUUAUUUGUCCAAGAGCGGUUUGUUUCUGGUAAUUUGAUCCCAGCCAAAUAUGCAUACGUUGGUCUAUCCGCUGCACGAACUGAAGGAGCCUGGCAAACAGAAAGUAAGGGUUAUCAGUUUUGGGUACAAACAGACGCAAACGGGAAUUUCACAAUCAAGAAUGUUAUCCCAGGUGUUUAUGGACUACACGGUUGGGUUCCUGGAUUCAUCGGUGAUUACCUUGACAAUGCACCUGUCACAAUUUCUGCAGGAUCGAACACGCUGCUUGGCAAUCUGACAUAUACUCCAAUCAGGGAUGGUCCAACUGUAUGGGAGAUAGGCUUCCCUGAUCGCACAGCGAUUGGUUUCUAUGUUCCUGAUGUGAACCCUAUGUAUGUCAACAAGUUGUUUAAGAGCCAUGAGAAGUUUAGGCAAUAUGGAUUAUGGGACAGGUACACUGAUAUAUACCCUGAUACAGAUCAGAUCUUCACUAUAGGCGUCAGUGACCCGAAAAAGGACUGGUUCUUUGCUCAUGUAGACAGAAGGGGUGCUGAUAACGAGUACCUUCCAACAACAUGGACAAUCAAGUUUAAUAUUGAUUCAGUAAUCAGUGGAACUUACAAGCUCAGAUUGGCCAUGGCAUCGGUGACCCGUACUGAUCUGAAGGUGCAUGUCAAUGUGAUAGACACACAACACCUAGUGUUCCAAGUGAUGAAUUUGGGAACAGAUAAUGCAAUUUGCCGUCAUGGCAUUCAUGGACUGUAUCGAUUUUAUAGCAUCGAUAUUCCGUCCACAUUGUUGGUUAAGGGAGACAACUCCUUGUUUCUUGUACUGGCCAGGGGUGGAGAUUCACUUUGUGGAAUCCUGUAUGAUUAUAUGAGGCUGGAAGCUCCUGCAUCUUCUGGAAGAAUAAAGGAGAUAGAAGAACAGAAGCAGGGCAGAGAGAUGGACAGAUGCCUUGUUUAUAAUCUCAGCUUUGAAGACUAGAGUGUUUAUCUAGUAGAAAACGAACAAUGAUCAAAAUAACUUUUGUAUAAGAAGGAAGACAGCCUGCAAUCAUUGUUACUUUCGAAAGAAUGUACCAACAGUUACUUCAGUGAAUUUUACCAUUUGAAUUCUGCACAUGAACCAUUUGCCUAA